AUGACGGGUUCUCCCGUUUCCCGCCAAGAAAACAGCCCAAAGCGACCAAACGACAGUAACGGCGAAUUCAAAAGUCUCUUACUUCCCGAAACCUCUCAAUCAGACUCCGACGAGGGCCUCGAAUCGCCGGCGGAUCAACCGGAUAACCAGGUAUUAACCGUAGAAGAAGACGGAGAAAGCACAUUAGAUUCGGUCCCUCCGUUCUCGUGGGCGAAGCUAUGGAAAUUCACGGGACCUGGGUUUCUCAUGAGCAUCGGGUUUCUAGAUCCAGGAAACAUCGAAGGCGAUCUACAAUCCGGAGCUGUGGCUGGGUACUCGCUUCUAUGGCUUCUCCUCUGGGCCACGCUAAUGGGCCUUCUCAUUCAGCUCCUCUCGGCUCGGCUCGGCGUCGCCACGGGUCGACACCUGGCGGAGAUCUGCCGAAACGAGUACCCGUCGUGGGCCCGGAUCCUCCUCUGGUUCAUGGCGGAGGUCGCUUUGAUCGGAGCCGAUAUUCAAGAAGUCAUCGGAUCCGCAAUCGCUCUCCGGAUCCUGACCCGUGGGUUUUUACCUAUUUGGGUCGGUGUUAUCAUCACAUCGUUUGAUUGCUUCUUGAUUUCGUAUCUAGAGAAGUGUGGAAUGAGGAAGCUAGAAGGACUUUUCGCUGGUUUGAUUGCGACAAUGGCGCUUUCGUUUGCUUGGAUGUUCAAUGAAACUAAGCCGAGCGUAGAAGAACUAUUCAUAGGUAUUCUUGUUCCAAAGAUCGGAUCAAAGACAAUCAGACAAGCUGUUGGAGUCGUGGGAUGUGUAAUAACGCCUCACAACGUGUUCUUGCAUUCGGCUCUAGUGCAAUCGAGGAAGACAAACCCUAAGGAAGUGAACAGAGUGCAAGAAGCUCUCAACUACUACAACAUCGAAUCAACGGCCGCGCUUUUCGUUUCCUUCAUGAUCAAUCUCUUCGUCACCGCGGUUUUCGCUAAAGGCUUUUACGGAACCAACCAAGCUGAGAGCAUAGGGCUUGUUAACGCGGGGCAUUACCUGCAGGAGAAGUAUGGAGGAGGAGUUUUUCCGAUACUUUACAUUUGGGGGAUCGGUUUGUUAGCCGCGGGACAGAGCAGUACGAUCACCGGGACUUACGCUGGACAGUUUAUAAUGGAAGGGUUCUUGGAUCUUCAGGUGGAGCAAUGGUUAUCGGCUUUUAUAACAAGAAGCUUUGCGAUUGUGCCUACUAUGCUCGUAGCUGUUAUGUUUAACAGAACCGGGUCGCUAGAUGUUUUGAACGAAUGGCUUAACAUUCUUCAGUCCAUGCAGAUUCCUUUCGCUGUGAUUCCUCUUUUGACUAUGGUUUCUAAAGAACAUAUCAUGGGCGUCUUCAAGAUCGGACCUUUUCUCGAGAAGCUAGCGUGGACUGUGGCGGUGUUUGUGAUGACGAUAAAUGGUUAUCUUCUUCUUGAUUUCUUCAUGGCUGAAGUGAGAGGGUUUUUUGUUGGGUUUCUUGUUUUUGGUGGGAUCAUCGCGUACAUUAGUUUCAUCAUCUAUCUUGUUUCGUAUAGAAGCUCGCAAUCUUCUUCUUGGACGAGCUUAGAAAUGUCACAGAGAGUUGUUUCCACAGAGACGUAG